AUGGAGAAGAUUAAGGGAACAGAUUGGCAAAAGAGAAAUAACCAAAUUUUAAAAGAAAAUCAGGAAAACAAGGACAAGAUUGGGGGACCAUUUGGAAAUAAAAAGCUGGAAUUUGAGAAACUUAAUGGGGUGACAGAAGGAAUUCAUGGAGAAAAUAUAGGUGAGGCAAUUUCACAGGAAAGCAAAGGGAUACAUAGCAAAAAUGGGGAAAAUGCGCGUAAUGUACCAGAGGUCAGACAAGUUGGUCGGAAGAAAGGUAGAAGACAAGGAAACAGAGAUGCGAGGAAUGGUCACGAGUUUGUUGGAGUUGGUAAGCCAGUUGGGGACCAGAAUGAAAGGAUAAAUGGAAAGCGCCUGGGAGGAGGAGUUGAAAGCUUAUUAGCAGAAGAGGAGCAGAAACUCGAGUUAGGCAAAAAUGAAGUAUUGCAAGGAGCUAGAUUUAAGGUUCCUAUAGCUACAGAUGCACCUGAGGAUCUUAGCUUGGAAGGGGAUGCAAAUAUGAUCAAUUCAAAUGCAGCUGAAAGAGGAAUUUCUAAUGACAGUGAUCUCAAUGUGGCCGAUGACAGAAAUGCAACCAUUGGCCACUCCAACAGUGCAGUUCACAAAACCCCUGAAGGUGAGAAUGAGAAGGCGACAGAUAGCUCUUCAGGUGAAAAUGAAGAUUUCCUGAAGCUACCUGUUUCAUCAGGGAAACCUGUGCCCAAACAUUCUGAAAUUGCUUCCGAAAUGGAGGCGGUAAUUCCUCCAAAGGUGCUGCUCAGCGAGGAGAAACUAUGGGAACAGAUUAACUCGAUGCGAAUAAUUGUUGGUUACAGAGCUGCACGUCAUCCAACUUGUGUGGAUGAAUUAAAGGCGCUCUACAUCUUUACUGGAGUGGAGCCACCACAAUCUUUUGAAGAUCCUGGUGAUCUUCUAGAAGUCAAUGAGAAGCUUCAGUUUCUCAUGUCCAUAGUUGGAGUGAAGUAGAUUAUCAAUGUCGUACCUACUUGACAUGCUUGAUGUUUUUGAAACGUUAAGUUUUUGAGAUGUUUUGCUAUGAAUAUGAUCUUUGUCAUGGGCAUCGUUCACCGAAUUCUUUCAAUGUUAAAGGGUAUGGUGAUGUAGGACGCUUUUAUUUUAGUAUGCUGGUGUCAUUUGAAACCAGCCUGAAUAAGUUGGCCUUAAUCUGUGAGUACCCAAG